GCCGGCUUCCCUUGGCUCACUGGAGGCCCAGUGAGGGCCAUGAAGGUGCUGCUCCUCACGGGGCUCGGGGCCCUGUUCUUCGCCUAUUAUUGGGAUGACAACUUUGACCCAGCCAGCCUCCAGGGAGCCCGUGUGCUGCUGACAGGGGCCAGUGCUGGCAUUGGCGAGGAGCUGGCUUAUCACUACGCCCGCCUGGGCGCCCACCUGGUGCUCACCGGCCACACCGAGGCCCUUGUGCAGAAGGUGGUAGGGAACUGCCGGAAGCUGGGCGCCCCCAAGGUCUUCUACAUCGCUGCGGACAUGGCCUCCCCUGAGGCGCCUCAGCGCGUGGUGCAGUUUGCACUGGAGAUGCUGGGCGGGCUGGACUACCUCGUGCUGAAUCACAUCGGCGCCACCCCGGCCGGCACGCGGGCCCGCAGCGCCCAGGGGACGCGCUGGCUCAUGCAGGUGAAUUUUCUGAGCUACGUACAGCUGACUUCCUUGGCGUUGCCGAGCCUGACGGACAGUAAGGGCUCCCUGGUGGUGGUGUCCUCGCUGCUCGGUCGCGUGCCUGCCUCGUUCUCCGCCCCCUACUCGGCGGCCAAGUUUGCGCUGGACGGUUUCUUCGGCUCCUUGCGGCGGGAACUGGACGUGCAGGACGUGAACGUGGCAGUCACCAUGUGCAUCCUGGGCCUCCGGGAUCGCGCCUCGGCCGCCGAGGGAGUCAGGGGCGUCACGAGGGCCCGGGCGGCUCCGGGGCCCAAGGCAGCCCUGGCCGUGGUCCGAGGGGGCGCCACGCGCGCCUCUGGCGUCUUCUACCCGCGGCGCUUCCACCUGCUGUGUCUGCUUCCGGGUUGGCUGCCGCGCCCGCGGGCCUGGUUCAUCCGCCAGGAGCUCAACGUGACGGCCGCAGCGGCUGCCUGAGCUCCCAAGCGUGGCGCUCCUCAUCUUCCGAGAGGGAGCUCCACCAAACCGUCCCUGGGACCGGGACACAGACGGCGACACCUUUGAGAGACUGGCCAGAGCCCAAGUGGAUUCAUCCAGACAGAAAAGAAACUCCGAAGGAAACUGCCAGCGUUGGAAUCAAUCGCAACAGCUCUGAGCGUGUGCGCUCGGACCCCGUGCUGUGCUUGUCAGGGAGUUCAAAAGCCUUAAUCGUUUUUUCCCACUGUCAUUGAGGAUGCUUUGAUUCCAUUUGCAGAUGAGAAAACUGAGGCUCGGAGAGGUGACGUGAGUUAGUCUAGGUCCCUGGCCACAUCAUUCAGGUCACCACCACCCAGGCCAUCUCUGGGGCUCUCUCCAGCUCGCACAAGAACUGCCAAGUCCCUGAUUUGUUCCUUCUAUUCACCUUGAAGCAGCCCCCAGCCCCUGCCAGCUCCCCUAAGCUACAUCUCUGUGCCUGUGACAUCCCCGGGGAGCUUCUCUCCUGUCCACCUGAUGGCCGGGGUUGGAGGACGAGGAGGGAGAGUGUAUUCUCCUGGGCUGGGCCCAGCUUCCUGUUUUCUAAUAAAAAUCCUCCUUUCCU